CUUCCCUUCGCGACCAGCACUGCCAAAGAAGCUUGCGGACAUGUAUCGAGUUGCUGAUCGCAUGUAUUUUGCACCCUCGAUUGUUGCAACUAGAUUGCUGCCUCGACAAACUUCAGUUCUCCGAAGUCACGGUUAUGGACCAACAGCUGCUGGCGCUCUCCGUGCAUACAGGAGGAGGAAUGCGCAGCGAGAUCGCAAAGGACGUUAUGCUGAAAAAAGCAGCGAAAAACCUCUAUGCUUCGCAGUGGCAGCAGGUCUUUCUCGAGUUUCCAUGUCGACCAAUCGGAGGCGUUUAUCCUCCUUGCCCAGAAGUGCGGAGAAUGACAACUUGGGUAGCACCGUGACACCUGCAGUUGCCACAAGCUCUGAUGGUCCGACUACAGGCGUCUACGAAACCAUUCGAUCGACAGAUUCACUUCCUGUUGACUUCACAAGCGUGAAUUCCCUGGGCGUUGACGGCAUAAGCCCGGAGAUUGGUGCCGAAGUUUGGAUUCGGGCUCGCGUUGCCACGAUCCGUGUCAAGGGCAAAUCCACCUUCGUUGUACUGAGACAAAACAGCUUGCACACAGUCCAGGCCUGCAAAUUCAAGGAGAAGGAAGACGGGGGCGAAAGCGCAGCAGCAGUGGCCCGCUUCUUCAAAUCGAUUUCACUGGAAAGCAUUGUUGAUGUUUGUGGAGUUCUUGCUGAGGCAAAUGUAUCCAGCUGCACCCAGAACAAUGUCGAGCUGCAGAUUAGACGAGUGUUUUGUGUGAGCCACGCAGCGCAGCAGCUUCCAUUUCUGCUCGCAGAUGCUCAGCGAAGCGAGGAAGAGAUCCUUGCAUCACAAGGCAGCAAGAGACCGUUUGUCCGAGUACUGCCUGACCUUCGUUUAGACAGUCGGUGGCUUGACCUGCGGGUCCCUGCCCACAAUGCAAUUCUUCGUAUUCAGUCAGCGGUAUGUCGAAGCUUCCGGGAAAGCCUCAGCCAACGUGGAUUUGUGGAGAUUCACUCGCCCAAACUGAUUUCUGGUGAGAGUGAAGGAGGUGCAGAGGUUUUUCGGGUGGACUACUUUGGCUCCAAAGCGUCGCUGGCACAGUCACCCCAGCUCUACAAGCAGAUGGCGAUGUCUGCGGACUUACCGGGGGCGUUUGAGGUUGGACCAGUUUUUCGUGCUGAGAACUCCAACACAGCGCGGCAUUUGUGCGAGUUCACAGGCUUGGACUUUGAAAUGCCCAUUCGUUGGCACUAUGAGGAGGUCAUCAAGGUGAUUCAUGAGACGCUCUCUACAAUUUUUCAUCGACUCGAGGAGGAGCAACAGGAGGAGCUGACAAUCAUCAGAAAGAUGUAUCCUUCAGAAGCACCAAGAUUUCUGGAAGAACCAUGCGUUCUGCAUUGGGAAGAAGCAAUGGAACUCCUGAGCAGCAAUGGUGCCCACAGAGAGGACAUCAUGGAGGAUUUAAGCACCGGUGAGGAGAAGAUGCUGGGAAAUCUGGUACGAGAAAAGUAUGGUACUGAUUUGUUCUUCUUGGACCAGUACCCCUCUGCGGUGAGGCCGUUUUACACAAUGCCUUCCCACGAUCGGCCCGAAUUCUCCAACUCAUACGAUGUAAUAUUUUGUGGCCAGGAGAUUGGCAGUGGAGCUCAAAGAUGCCAUGAUCCGCAGCUUUUGGAGGGACAAGGUGGCCUUGUCAAAGAUCUUGUUGAAGCCGUCUGCCAGCUGCAAGGCAAGGUGUGCCGAACUUGGAGUUCCAACUGGCCCUUUAGAGUCCUACAUUGAAUCAUUCAGGCACGGUGUACCUCCACAUGGUGGUGUAGGCCUCGGCCUGGAGCGAAUUGUGCAGUUGUACUUGGGCCUGGAUAACAUCCGGAAGGCCUCGAUGUUUGCUCGAGAUCCAACACGCCUGACGCCAUAAUCUAGGAAGCUUUCCUGUUCAACCCGCACCAUAGAUUGACAGAUAGCUAUGUCAAACAGUCAAAUAGAUUACGGUUUAUUCUUCGGCUGAUUCAAUCAGCCUGAUCCUGGCUCCAUGAAGAGCGG